CACUCUCCCGAGAGGCGGGACUGCGCUGGCGCCGGGUUAACGCGUGCGCCGGCGCGCCGCGGUUUGAAAGGCCCGAGCCUCGCGCGCGCGUGCGCACUUCAGCGCGCGCAGGGCGCACCCCCUCGUAGCCCCCUGAAACUCGGACCCUCCUGCGUCCUUCAGGUCCCGCGAAGCCCACGACGCUGACAUGCCGGAGAUCCGCCUCCGCCAUGUGGUGUCCUGCAGUAGCCAGGACUCGACCCACUGUGCAGACAACCUCCUCAAGGCGGACACCUACCGGAAGUGGCGCGCGGCCAGGGCGGGCGAGAAGACCAUCUCGGUGGUGCUCCAGUUAGAGAAGGAGGAGCAGAUACAUAGUGUGGACAUCGGGAACGAUGGCUCGGCCUUUGUGGAGGUGCUGGUGGGCAGCUCGGCUGGAGGGGCCGGGGAGCAAGACUAUGAGGUCCUUCUGGUCACCUCGUCUUUCAUGUCCCCUUCUGAGAGCCGAAGUGGCUCCAACCCCAACCGUGUUCGCUUUUUUGGGCCUGAGAAGCUGGUGCGGGGAGCAGCUGAGAAGCGCUGGGACCGAGUCAAAAUUGUUUGCAGCCAGCCCUAUAGCAAGGACUCCCCCUAUGGCCUGAGUUUUGUACGGUUUCACAGCCCUCCAGACAAAGAUGAGGUAGAGGCUUCACCCCAGAAGGUGACCAAGCUUGGCCAAUUCCGUGUAAAGGAGGAGGAUGAGGGUGCCAGCUCCCUGAGACCAGGGGCUCUCUUCUUCAGCCGGAUCAAUAAGACAUCCACUGCCACAACCAGUGACCCAGCGGGACCCAGCUAUGCAGCUGCCACACUGCAGGCCUCAAGUGCCACCUCCUCAACCUCUCCAGCCUCCAGGGCAGUAGGCAGCACCUCCAAGCCUCAGGAGUCCCCCAAAGGGAAGAGGAAGUUGGAUUUGAAUCAAGAAGAAAGGAAGACCCCCAGCAAACCAUCAGCCCAGCCCUCACCACCUGCCCGCAAGAGACCCAAAUUGUCCGCACCCAUCUCUACCCCUGCCACUGCCUCAGCCCCUGCCCCAGCACGGGGGGCAGUGCCAGGGAAGCCCCGAGGAGAAGGCACGGAGCACAGGGCACCCCGAGCUGGCCCGCAGGAGAUGGGGAAGAUCCUUAAGGGCGUGGUGGUGGUGCUGAGUGGCUUCCAGAACCCCUUCCGCUCGGAGCUCCGGGACAAGGCCCUAGAGCUCGGGGCCAAGUAUCGGCCAGACUGGACCCCAGACAGCACCCACCUCAUCUGUGCCUUUGCCAACACCCCUAAGUACGGCCAGGUCCUAGGCCUCGGAGGUCGCAUUGUGCGUAAAGAGUGGGUGCUGGACUGUCACCGCAUGCGGCAGCGGCUGCCCUCCCGGAGGUACCUCAUGGCAGGGCCAGACUCCAGCAGCGAGGACGAGGGCGGCCCUCAUGGCGGCAGCAGCGGGGAUGAAGCCCCACAGCUUCCCCAAAAGACCAAAACCAAGGCCCCUCAGGCAGCGGGAUCCAGCUCACCCCAGACAGCCUCCACUCCAGAAGAGACCAGACCAGCCUCACCCGGGUCCCAGGAAGAUACCCACACUGAGGGGGAGUGGUCAGCAGAAGGACAGGACAAUGGGGCGGAAGAUUCUGAGGACACUGAGGAUGAGCUGAGAAGGGUGGCUGAGCAGAAGGAACGAAGGCGGCCCCCUGGCCAGGGGGAGAAUGGCGAGGACCCAUAUGCGGGAUCCACAGAUGAGAACACCGACAAUGAGAGUCCCCCAGAGUCUCCUGACCUGCCAGUUCCUGAACUCCCAGACUUCUUCCAGGGCAAACACUUCUUCCUGUACGGGGAGUUCCCUGGGGACGAGCGGAGGAAGCUCAGCCGCUAUGUGACAGCCUUCAAUGGGGAGCUCGAGGACUAUAUGAGCGACCGGGUCCAGUUUGUAAUCACAGCACAGGAGUGGGACCCCAGCUUUGAGGAGGCCCUGAUGGACAAUCCCUCCCUGGUGUUCGUCCACCCGAGAUGGAUCUACAGUUGUAACGAGAAGCAGAAGUUACUUCCUCACCAGCUCUAUGGGGUGGUGCCCCAGGCCUGAAGUAUGUGCUUGUGCACACACAUGUGUGCGUAUGCACACACAAGUUUAAUAAAGCUGACUUGGUUUGGA